CUCCCUCAGAGCACUUCUACUCCGCUGAGCUCCUGUGAAAACUGUGUGUGUGUGUGUGUGUGUGUGUGUAUGUGUGUGUGUGAACUCCUCGCGUGUGUGUGUUAGGAAGAGUUUUAUGUGUGUGCAUAGGGGUUGUGUGUUUUUCUAAGUGGAGCUGGAGUGCAGCCGUUCAUCAGUAGAGCUGACUGCAGACAGGGGAAUACUCAGAUCUCAGUGCGCCGCUUUUUAACUCACACACCGGCUGCUUUUUGGACUUUUUUUUUUUCAAGACUCACUGGCCUUUCUGCACCAAAGUGGGACUCUGCUGUUGCUCUAUUUCUGCCCUCCAGGCAUCAUUCCCGUCACUGGAAUUACUGAAGUUUUUUCCCCCCCCCAUUGCUUUCUGAAAAUAAUUUUUUACCUGCCUCACUUAUUAUAUAUCCUCCAAAUUUCUGGACUCUCAAAUUUCUGGACUCACCGCCACUUUUCUGUGCAUCCUCAUUAAAUUCAGACAUGCUCAAGCCUUAGAAUGGGUGCUUUGCAAGCUCAUAACAAGAGCUGAGUGAGCACUCUAUACUGUGAGUAUAUGAUCAAGAGGGUUAGUCUCAUAUGGGAAUAUUUAUUUUCUUUUUUCAUUGGAAUGGAAAGACUUUGAGAGGUUAAAUGGGAAUAAGCUGUAGAGUAACUAUGGAAACGGUCAGUGCUAUCAGAGGCAUGUUGGGCUCAGGUGGACGCUGAUCCCGACUCGGAAUGUUCUGAACUCUUUUGGAAUUUGGUUCCCCUGGAAACGGAUGGACAGGUCUCCAUGUGUGACGUUUUUGUCCCAUCUUGGAUGUGAGAGGUGAACUUGUUUGACCUUCAUGAGAGUAGCUGUGAAUCUGCCAACAGAGACUCUUCAGAACCAAGGAGGGCAUUAUAAAGAUUACAACGUAUUUCAAGAACUGGAAAGACAGCCUGUAAGAGAGUGAGGCUCUGCCAAAGCAAACAGCAAGAGGGAGAAUCUGUUUUGGGGUUGCAAAGCUGAGGUGAUUCUGAAUCCUUGGCAAACAGGUCCAAGCCCAAACCAGUCCAAAGGCGGGUGGACUGCAUCUAAUCUACAGACAAAAAUUGGGCAUUCAUGCUAAGCGGAAUCUAGGCCGAAAUCCAGCUGAAAACCACAAUAGAUUCACUUCACAGACUCAAACUUUUAAGUUGACUUUUGAAAGGAAGGAGUUUGUUCUAAGCGUGCCAAGAUGAUGACCAUGAUGAUGAUGAUGGUGGCCAUGAUGGUCACCUGUAGCUCUCUGUUCCUGCUGGGACUGGCCGCUGCCGCACAUGCUUCCUCCGGCACCACUUCCUCCACAUCUUCAUCCUCCUCCUCCUCUUCUUCUUCCUCCUCCUCUUCCUCCUCACCACGCAUGAAACUCUCAUACAAAGAGUUGCAGCAGUUCCAUGGAGUGCGGCGGUUCGAGCUGGAACGUUCCUGCUGCUUCAGUGCUCUGCUGUUGGAUGAAGAAAGAGGCCGCCUCUUCGUCGGGGCCAAGAACUUCCUGCUGUCGCUAUCAUUAGACAACAUCGCCAAGCAGGAACACAAGAUCUAUUGGCCCGCUCCCGUCGACUGGAGGGAGGAGUGUAACUGGGCUGGCAAGGAUAUCACUUCCGACUGUGUGAACUAUGUGAAGAUUGUGCACCACUAUAACCGCACCCACCUGUAUGCCUGUGGAACCGGGGCCUUCCAUCCUACCUGUGCCUUUGUGGAGGUGGGACACAGGAUGGAGGACCAUGUGUUCAGGAUUGAACCCUCUCAGGUGGAGGACGGGAAAGGGAAGAGUCCGUAUGAUCCUCGCCACAAUGCUGCAUCUGUACUCGUCGGUGAUGAGCUAUAUGCAGGUGUGGCCACAGACUUAAUGGGACGGGACUUCACCAUCUUUAGAAGCCUGGGGAAACGCCCCUCCAUCCGCACCGAACAGCAUGACUCUCGCUGGCUCAAUGAACCAAAGUUUGUUGGUUCCUUUUGGGUCCCAGAAAGUGAAAACCAGGAUGAUGACAAGGUAUUUUUCUUCUUCCGCGAGACGGCGGUUGAGGCUCAGGGGCUGGGAAAGUCCACCUACUCCCGCAUCGGACAGCUCUGCAGGAAUGACAUGGGCGGUCAGCGAAGUCUGGUGAACAAGUGGACGACAUUCCUCAAGACCCGUCUUAUCUGCUCGGUGCCAGGAGCCGACGGCAGCGACACAUACUUUGACGAGCUGCGCGACGUGUUCCUGCUGCAGACAAGGGACAGAAAGAACCCUCUGGUCUACACUGUCUUCUCUACUUCCAGCAGUGUAUUUAAAGGCUCAGCUGUGUGUCUCUACUCCAUGAAUGACAUCCGGAGGGCCUUCCUGGGGCCCUUCGCUCACAAAGAGGGGCCCAACUACCAGUGGGUCCCCUUCCAGGGAAAAGUCCCCUAUCCACGCCCAGGAAUGUGUCCCAGCAAGACAUUCGGCAGUUUUGAGUCCACGAAGGGUUUCCCAGAUGAUGUGAUCCAGUUUGCGCGUCACCAUCCUCUGAUGUAUAACCCUGUCUACCCUAUGAGCCGACGGCCCGUCUUCGUCAGAACUAACGUGGACUACAGCUUCACACAGAUUGCUGUGGACAGAGUCAGCGCCGCAGACGGACAGUAUGAUGUCAUGUUUAUAGGCACAGACAAAGGGACAGUACUGAAGGUGAUCAAUGUCCCCAAAGAGAGCUGGAACAACAUGGAGGAGCUUCUACUGGAAGAGCUCGAGGUCUUUAAAGAUGCCUCAUCUAUCAUUGACAUGCAGAUCUCCUCAAAACGGCAACAGCUGUAUCUGGGCUCAGACACAGGCAUUGCCCAGGUUCCACUUCACCGCUGCAGUGUGUAUGGGAAGGCAUGUGCUGAGUGCUGCCUGGCCAGAGACCCAUACUGUGCCUGGGAUGGAACAUCCUGUACUCGCUACCUGCCAAACACCAAGAGACGUUUCCGUCGCCAGGAUGUAAGGAACGGAGACCCCAACACCCUGUGCUCUGGAGACCACCAUAAGCACCGUGUUGCAGAGAGGAAAUUGUAUGGAGUUGAAGGAAGCAGCACUUUCUUGGAGUGUAUCCCCAAAUCCCUUCAGGCCAGAGUCACCUGGACCUUCCAGAAACAUCCACAAAACCCACGGGAAGAGGUGCAUCUAGAUGACCGCAUACUCCAGACAGAUAGAGGCCUUCUGAUUCGCCGUGUCCUGAAGAGAGAUAUCGGCAUCUACCAGUGCCACGCCAUGGAACAUGGCUUCACCCAAACCUUACUAGGCAUCACCUUAGAAGUUGUACCUUCAACAUCCUCCUCAGUCUCCAAUCUACCCUCCGACGCCCCUGUCCGAUUAGACCCCCGCAGUGGAGGUGGACCCCCAAUGACCAAUCAAAAGCUUUGGUACCGGGACUUCAUGCAGCUUGUGGACCACCCUAACCUGAGCACCGUCGACCAGAUUUGCGAGCAAGUUUGGGCACGAAAGAACGCCGGCAGUGACCAAGGGGAUAAGACCUUUCCUGCUGCGGGGAAGGACGUCCCGUCUCUGGGCCCUGCAGUUCGCCCAGCUAACAAGAAGUGGAAGCAUCUUCAGGAGAUAAGGAAGGGGAGAAACCGCCGGACCAACGACGGGAAACCGAACCCUCGGGCGCCUCGCAGCGCAGGGGAGUAACAACGUAAACAAAGAAAUGGAGGGGUAAAAGAAUGACUGAUACAAGGAGAAAGAAGGGGAAUGAUGAGAGACUGAGAGACCAAGAACUCCUGGAGGUGGUGUUCAAACAUACAGAUACACGCACACACACGAACGCACACACACACACACACACACACGCACGCACACACACACACACACGCACACACACACACACACACACACACACACACACACACACACACACACACACACACACACACACACACACACACACACAGACACACACACAACACCUCCUCUAUUGUGUAUAUUUAUCUAUGGAUGCCCCCACUAUAUGGUACCCCAAUCCCUGAGUCCUCGUCCCAUUGGCCAGCCCCUGCAUGUGUUGCCUUACUGUCCAAAUUGAUUCUGCACGAUCCCUUUACACUGUUCCACUAGCAUAGUCAAGUGUACAAGCAGGUACAUGGGACUGAACCCACCUUUAUCUGUGGGUGAUAAACUUAUAUCAACUGUCAUUCCCUUUGCCAUUGACUGUAUAUGGAAAAUGGGUUCACCGCACAGGAUUACCACAUCUUUCAUUGGGUAAUUAAUGUUUGCCUACUACGUGCCAGCUACACGUUAUAUGUGGAUAGUGGCUCACAGUAUGAACACCUACUCUCUGGACUACACCACUCAGAACAAAAACAGCCCCAAAGUUUUGGAUGACCUUUCCUCACGGCUUUUCUUACCUGAAGAUUUCAUAACAAUGUAGAAAAAUGAUGGGCUUAAUUGCUGCGCAUAAUGGGAGGGAAUGGAGAAACUGGAAUAUACUGGAAAGUAAUGGUCACCUACCUGUGUCAUAACAUGCUCAAUGCACCCUUCUGCUCAGAUGCAUUUAAACCUAACAACCCAUGGUUUGUGUAGCACUUUUUUUUAUCUCUAAAUGGAAACACAUUUAACUCUUUAUGUGCGAUUGCACAAGCAUGCAGACAAAUAAACACAUUGUUAAAACAUUUUUCCUACAGAAACCGUUACAUUGAUCAACUUCAGGUGGUGAUCUCGUUGCACAUAUUUCCAGUAACCUCACUUUUCACAUAGUUGUGUGUUAUUAUUAUUAUUACAUAAUGUCACAGACGAGGUAGAGACUGCCAGCAGCGUGGGGCAGCUUGUGGAGCAGAACCGCAUGUUGCAAAACUGGUAAUAUUAUAUAGUAGUUUUUGUGGUUAGUGGUUUCCGUAGGCACAUUAAGACAUGUUGCAGUGAAAUAAAUCACACAUUACAUAUGUAGCGCUGCGGUUAGAGAGUAGUCGUAUCUCGCAAGAUAUGAUUAUAUUGCUUUACUGGUCCAAACCACUAGAGAAUAAGGGGUGGAAAAACUACUGGCAUUCCAUGAUGUGAGAGAAAGAUGAGAUGUUUACAGUGUACAGACAUAGAAGUCAAUCUCUAAAAGAAAAUACAACUCCAAAUAAGACCAGGAUUAAAUCUAAACAAGUGUUAGUUAUGUGGGAUCUUUAACAUACACAAAUAUUAUAAUAAGCAUCGGAACUGCAUAUAAAAGCGUUUUGACAUGAUCGAAAACCUCACACUAAAAAUAGCUAUUUAUUGGGUUUUAUUUUUGGCUGUGUUUAAUGUUUUAUGCAUUAACAUUAAGAAGAAUUAAUGAACAUGGUGGUUUGGGUGGGAAGCAAUAGUACGAUGAGGAUGAAGAGGGAAGUGGACUCUAGUAUGACAACCCAUGUUUCUGGGCUACAGUACAGUAUAUAUAUAUAUUAGCAUGAUAUUUAUGAGUGAAGCUAUGAUUUUGUUUUUGUAUUCUAAGCGGUAAUUCUACUCCUUGCUCUUUUACACUGUUCUUGCAUAUGUUGUUUGUGAUAAAUAGAUAUAUGCAAAUAAUAUGAGAUAAGCGAGUUGCCGACUCCUCAGACAGCACGGCAAAAUGCAGAGAAAGCUGUUCUGUGCUACCCACAAUGCAUUUCACCUGCAAAAAAACAAGUUCCAUUUGACUUCAUACGCUGUUGGAAUCACUUUUCAACGUAGUGUUACAGUCAUUAAUAUCAUUGACUUUUGCUGCUUAAUGAUGUCAUCUCUUCCUAAUGGACAAUUAGUACGAUAAGGUCUUCUUUCUCUCUGUCUUUAGUCCAAUCUAUCUCUGUGUAUUAUCUGUACAGAAACCUUGUUUGUUGAUUGUCUGUGCUAACAUGGUGUGUGUAGCCUGCCCCCUUAGCGUUGAUUGUGUGUAAAGGCUCGGAUGUGAAGCCUAUCUGUGGUACCAUACUUUAUUAUAUCAUAGUCUAUCCACAUGAAAGACAGCAACUGGCCAUGUAAGAUAAAACAUGCAUUUCUGUUUUGUAUUCAUGAUUUUUAUGAUGAAUUUAUGAUCUACUUUGUGUUGCUGCCACAGAUUUCGCGGAAGUAUCCUGUUUUUAAAGAGUUUCAGUAUACUGAAAUUGGCUAAAUUUGGCUUUUGGUGUGUUUCAUUCUCACAGUCCCUGAUAAAAGGAGGCAGCACAAACUAGGUCUGUGACUGGUUUUAGAUGUAUGGAAUUCUUGUCCUUAUUUAUAUACCUUCUUUAUAGAGAUGUAAGUAACUCUUAAAACAGAACUGACUGACUCCUGUAAAAGGGACACUCAUUUUGACCCCACAUCCAGGAUUAACUGCAAAAAAAUGACAUGGAAAAAUAUUUUUAAAAUGAGUUUUAGAUGUAGAUGCUGCCUGUCUGCAGUCGAGAGAAAUCAUUUACAUUGGUAGUGAUGUCAAAUUUGCUUGAGUCUCUCUCUUAAGCCAGCUGUUUUGUGCUCUUUUGAAAUUGCAUGACCAAUGUUAGUGGCUAACGCGUUUGACAAUGGUGCGGUGGCAAGACAGAGCGAGAGAAAGAAAGCACAAUGUUGAAUAUUAUUAUUAUUAUUAUUCCUAUGUAUUUAUGUGCAAAGAUAAGCUGAUAUGUUGUGGUGGAUUUUUAUUUUUCUUAUAAAUGUAGAUUUACAUCUGUAUUGUUCAUGUUCUGCUGAAAAGGACUCAUCCUCAACAUUUUUGUGGACAUUACAGCCAAUGGUAAACAAAAAAACUCCUCCUGAACAGUGUCCAAUUAGAGUCUUUGUUGUUCACACAGCCCUCCAAUCAUCACUCCUGUUGUAUCCCAUGCCAUGUGACGCACCCCUAUAUGAUAGCUCACAAGGAGAGGCUUGUGCGUGUGUGUGUGUGUGUGUGUUUGUAUGUUUGUGUGUGUGAGUUUUGGGGGAAAGCAGAGCUCUGUAUAUAAUGGCAAAGGAACAGUGGCGUGUGCGUAGAGUGGUCUGUAGGUGAAAGGUCGAAGGCCAAAGUUAACGUUGUGCACUGUAAUACUCCCAGAGGUCUUUGUGAAUUGUCAUGUCAGAUUGUUUUUGAUUAACACAAUAAAAAUAUGCAGUUACUUAAAAAUCGAAA